AUGAUCUUCAGGUCCGACUGUGGACAGGAGGGGAGGGUCGUCUUCCUCACCUUCUUUGAUAGAUACGUCCGCUUUCUCCGAGAUUUCCUGGAGACAGCAGAGAAGCACUUCAUGGUCGACUUCAACGUGCGCUACUACGUUUUCACAGAUCGUCCCGACGAUGUUCCCUCAGUGAACCUGUCUCAGGGGAGACAUUUAAGUGUGAUCCAGGUGCCAGGUUCAAACCGCUGGCAGGAGAUAUCGGCCCGGAGGAUGGAGAUCAUCCAGACAGCCAUCGAACGUCAGAUCAGCAGGGAGGCUGACUACAUCUUCUGUCUGGACGUGGACAGCAAGUUCCACGCUCGCUGGGGAGCCGAGUCUCUGGGCAGGCUGGUUGCUGUGAUUCACCCAUGGUUCUACCAGGCGACCCGUGACCACUUCACAUACGAACGGCGUCCAGCCUCGACAGCCUACAUCCCCAUGGAUGAGGGAGAUUACUACUAUGCCGGGGCCCUGUUUGGAGGAUUAGUGGAGGAUGUGUACACACUAACAAAGGUAUGCCGGAACCAGCUUGAAGAGGACGCGAGGAAUUCCAUCGAGGCUGCCUGGCAGGAGGAGAGUCACCUCAACAGGUACCUGCUUUACAACAAGCCCAGCAAGCUGUUGUCUCCAGAGUACCAGUGGGAUGACAAGAAGACCAAUACCAAAGAGGUCAAAGUCAUUCGCUUCUCUUCUGUCAUUAAAAACUAUGCUGAAAUUCGUCCCAAUGUAUAG